CCUUAAAGGCGGCAGCCCUUCUCGUCUACACGUCACUUUUGGGACACCACUUCGUGGUUCGUGUCAAUAAUAAGAAAUUUGUACCAUUUUAAGGAUUUAGCUGAGUACUCCCCAGCAUCUUGGUAAUUCGUCCUGCUUGCAAAAUGUCGCGCUCAACCACUUCGAUCGAGCUAGAGCCUUAUGUGGCAUCCACACCCAUUGCUCUUACGCAAAGCCCCAGUCUGCACACCAAGAGCGAUGAUAUCCCACUAGCAGCAGAUGAGCGUCAGUCCACCAAAUCAGUCGCUUCGACGACGUUGCAAGCGCCUACGAAGGGCACAACAGCAAUUGUGUUAGUCACGGUCGUCUGCGUGACCAUGAUAUCUACGUUGCUAGCGGGUUUGGUGACUGUCGGUCUGCCCACCAUGGCAGAGGAUUUAGACAUCCCAGCUAGUCUACUCCUGUGGCCAAUCUCCAUAUACGCCCUUGCAUGCGGUUGUACCCUGUUGCUGCUCGGUUCUGUCGCCGAUGUUGUCGGCAGUAGACCAAUGUACCUCACAGGUUGUGUUCUGCAAUCUGCGUUCACCCUAGCUUGUGGCCUUGCCCAGACAGCAACUCAGCUGAUCGUGUUCCGGGCACUGGCUGGAGUGGCAAUCAGCUUCUGUCUACCGUCUGCUGUUAGUAUCAUCACGAGCACGUUUCCUGAGGGGAAAAGUAGAAACCUUGCUUUUGCGUCCAUGGGCGGGGGACAACCCAUUGGAUUCUCUGUCGGUCUUACGCUUGGCGGCAUCCUCUCAAAUACCAUCGGCUGGAGAUGGGGCUUCCAUAUCGCCGCAAUAAUCAACAGCGUGGUUUUCGUAAUAGGUCUCUUCGGCCUGCCCAAGGUCGAUACAGCGCAGGGAGAUGUGUGGAAGCGACUACGCACAGAGAUUGAUUGGAUCGGCAUCAUGAUCGGAGCUGCAUCGUUGGCGAUGCUUUCAUAUUCAUUCGCUAUGCUUAGUGAUAGCGGGUCCAGCAUUAAACAGCCUGCUACGCUUUCGACCCUUGUGAUAUCGAUUGCUCUGAUACCAGGUUUCAUUUACUGGGUCGGCCGACAGGAGCGACUGGGCAGACCUGCCAUUAUUCCGAACUCUCUGUGGCGCAACCGUAUCUUCACUACCGUCUGCAUCGGCGUUUUUAUGACUUGGGGAGUCUUCAACGCGAUCGAGACUCUGCUUACGCUUUUCUUCCAAGACGUGCAAGAGAUAUCCCCGAUUCAAACGUCCAUCCGCUUCUUGCCGGAGCCAAUCUCCGGCGCUCUGGCAAACAUAGUGAUGGGCCUCUUGGUGCACCGAAUCCGAGCUUACUGGGCUGUCAUUAUCGCAAUUGCAAUUUCUGCGAUCUCUGCGCUCCUUAUGUCGAUCAUACAACCUGAAUGGUCGUACUGGGCUUGUGCUUUUCCGGCAGUCCUGCUCAGUCCAGUUGGCGCCGACGCCUUGUUCACCGUGUCGAAUUUAGUUAUUACAUCCGUGUUUCCGGCGAAGACACAAGCACUAGCAGGCGGCGUCUUCAACACGAUCGCGCAAAUCGGCAAGAGCGUAGGGCUCGCGUCGAGCGGUCUUAUCGCUGCGAGCGUGACGGAGAAUAGUAAAUGGGCGGACAAACAGAGCCCUCAGGCGCUGAUGGAAGGAUAUAGAGCUGCGUUCUGGUUCACGUUUGCCGGGAGUGUAGCAACAAUUAUUCUAUUCGGCUGGGGCUUGAGGAGCAUCGGAAGAGUUGGCAUGAAGCGGGAAUAAGAGUCAGAUUGAGACAGAGGUUGCAUAUUCUAGCGACUGACAGGAAAAAUAGGGAUAUUUGGUAGAGUACUCUUCGUAUUACCUGC